AUGAGGCUUAUCAUGUCUUUUCUCAACCCAGAAAACCAGAAUCUGCUGCAUGAUUCCUUGGAGAAGAUGACACACAUACAAGGCAGUUUGAGAGAUGCUUAUAAUCUCAUCAGAGAUUGGAUUCUCUCUAACCCUUACUGUCAGUUGCCUGAGCCCAAGGCUCUUCCACAACGCCACAAAUUGUGCGUGCAAAGGAUUGGGUGCAUUCAUGAUUUGGUCGAGAAAGUGAACACUAGAUUGGAAGAGAGGGCUUUUGCUGAGGGAGGUGCUUAUGAAGAAUAA